CAUUCUUAUAAUCUAAGUUUAUCAGUAACUGCAUAUUCAGAAAAUGAUACCAUAUUGAAUCAGUUCAGUAUGCACCAGUAACAAUUCAGCAGUGGAAAACCUAUUAAAAAUUUCUUUAUUGGCACUGCAGAAAAUAUGAUAAAAUAAAACCUGCAUCUCAUGUUCCAAGAAAAUUUUCAUUUGCACUGUCACCGGAGAUGCAGUUGAGAGACCAAUGAGAUAACUAAAUGAAACUCAUAUUUAGCUGGUACUUAUGGAGUUCCUACAAUAAUUGAAGAAGUGUAAUCCCUUUAACAAGGUUAUGCAGUUCUUUUCUAUGAGUGGGCACUUUUCCGAAUUGCAACAUUAACUCAUUUUCAAAGCUGCAGGACAGAACAUAACAACAUAGGAAUUUUUUUCUGUUUGAUAUCUUAAGUGUUAUAUUAGGCCAAAGAUUAUAACUGACGUUAAAUUCAGGUAGUUAUUUAAGGAAUUCCUUAAGAAUAGUCAGUGCAUAAUUGCAAAGUAUGACAUGUUCAAUAUCUGUAACAUUCAGUGCUAAUAUUGGUAGAAAGACCAACAGAUAAAUAAAUACAAGUAAUAAUAUAAAAUACUGUGCACUGAGUUUGCUGCAUCAGAGCUGUAUACCCAGUUCUUAGUCCUCAAAGUAGUGUACUAAAGGACUUAAGGAGAAAAACUUUAUUAUGCAUGCUGUUCCAGAACUGUCUGAUGCUAAUUAAUGCUAAUCUAGGCUGGUAUGACGAAAUUCAAAAAGCAUAUGUAGUUCAGCAUGUACUCUUCUGUCUACAUAAACAACAAUACAAUAACAAUAUCACUCUCAUUAUUGAAAAGACAUGCUUAACCAUUGUCUAUUGGAAGUGCAAGAAAAGCCCCAUUACUGAAACUAAUAAAUAUUUAGCAAAGUUGUUGGCUGUAAUUACAGUGCUUGCAGACUAUCAUCGUCUCUCCUGCACUGCCCCCCACUCCCCAUUACACCUGCUCUGUCUCUGAAGUACUGCAAUAGCUCUCUCUUAAACAGUAGCCAGUGAAGCAAAACUGUGUGGCUUCACCAGUAAACUUUCACUCUCCUUGCCCAGAUUUCACUUUUCUUUCCUGAUGUUCAGCUCCAGAUUUUCAGUAGUCAUCAUUUGUUGGAAGCUUUUUGCACCAAGAGUGAACUCUCUCCUCUUGUUUUAUCAGGCAACAGUUUUUGCAUGAGAAGCGUACCAUUCCGUGCUUGGCUUCAGAUUUUCAUGGCUAUAUAAGAGGCAGAAUAGCAUCUCCUGUCAUGCAUUCCAAGAGGGAGAUCACAACAGACAACAUCAUGAACCACUUGGCAAUUCUUUCCUGUGUUGCUGUCUGCGUGUGUGUUGGGCUGGUUUCAGCUGCAAGAUUAGAACUUGUACCUGUGUAUGAUCAAGUCGUUGAUGAAUCAUCAUUUGUUCCUCAAGUUAUUCCCAGAGGUGCUUCAGAUUUAGAAACAGCUGCAAGUGGUCAUGGUCACUAUGGUCGAGUGCAGAUCAAGGUGUACAGAGGACCUACAACACAUGGACACCAUGAACACUUUGCUCCUCAUGGAUUCUGGGUGAAACAACCAGCUGAUGACCAUCAUUAACUGUGUUGCUGCAGUACUUGUUGAUCAAAGCAAGUGUAAUAAUUUGUUAUCUGUUUUUACAAUAAAGAUGUUGAAAUAA